AUGAGUUUAAUUAGAGGGCUUGUUUCUACUUUAUACCAUAUUCCUAAGAUUUACAAAUGGUUUUAUCGGCCCUAUUAUCUGCUGUCUCUGCUGAUGACUCUGGCGUUUCCGCUCGUGCGCAACUGCCCGGGACUGUGCGAGAAUUUACCGUCUCAGAGAGAAGACGCCGACUCAUGCGCCUUCGACUGGAGGGAGGUGGAGAUUUUAAUGUUUCUCAGUGCCAUUGUCAUGAUGAAGAACCGCAGAGCCAUAACACUGGAGCAGCACAUAGGGAAUAUAUUUCUCUUCAGUAAGGCGGCGAACGUGGUGCUGUUCUUUCGAGUGGACCUGAGACUCGGCCUUCUCUACCUCACGCUGUGUGUGGUGUUUUUGAUCACAUGUAAACCACCAAUCCACAUGGGCCCUGAGUACAUCACAUACUUCAGUGACUCAACUAUAGAUGAUGAACUGCAGAGGGACGGUCGUGUGACAUGGAUUGUUGAGUUUUAUGCCAACUGGUCUCCAGAGUGUCAGUCAUUUGCCCCUAUUUUUGCUGACCUGUCACUUAAGUAUAGCUGUUUAGGCCUCAAAUUUGGAAAAGUGGACAUUGGACAAUAUGGAGCAGUUGCUGAGAGGUAUAAGAUAAACCCCUCCCCUCUCUGCAAGCAGCUGCCUUCCCUUUUGCUGUUGCAGGGUGGUCGGGAAUUCAUGCGACGCCCUCUAGUGGACAAGAAGGGAAGGGCCAUUGGGUGGAAUUUCACUGAGGAAAGUAUCAUUCAAGAGUUCAAUCUAAAUGAGAUAUUCCAAAAAUGUAAGAAACUCAAGAAGGGAGAGAAGCCUGAGGAAAUAAAGACACUCCUGCAGGAGGUUCCUGAAGAAGAGGAGCCAGUCGGCCCACAUGAGGAGGAUGAGGAGGAGGAGGAACCAGAGAGCAAAAAAGACAAAUAAGACACAGAACUGAAAAUUAGUUACUCAAUGUCAUGAACUCAACACAUAAUGUUUGCUGUCUAAACAGAUGGACUGAGCAGUGCAACAUAUCUAAAUGUCUCGCUUUUCCUGUUAAUCUUGACUGCGACUUUCAUUUUAGUUCACAAAUCAUUUUUAAACUCUUAAGUUAGGGUGGUAUUGCAGGGGAGUUGCCAAUUACGUUUGAUCUAAAAAAAAAAAAAAUAUUAGGCUUUAAACAAACUUCCACUAAUAAAAAUCUAAAUAUUUCA